AUGCCAUCAAAUAAUAAAAGCAACAACAGUAAAAGAAGAACAGAUAAAAAUCACGAAGAAUCUCUGUUAGGUGUAGGAUACAAUAAUGUGUUCAAUGUCAUCAAAGAAAAAAUUAGUAGCGAAUUUAACUUAGGAAUGAAUAGUAUUAAUAGGACAAUUGAUAUAAACAAUGAAAUUAAAAGAAUGGGAAUAGAAUACAUAAGAAACCUUGUUGAAGAAGUCAGAAAAACUGAUAACAAUGAUAUUGAUGAUGUUUUUGAUUACGAUGAUGGUGGUGUAGUAGUGGGUAUUUUUAAAUUCGUUUUUAUUUAUUCAUUUGCAUUACUAGAAAUUUGUGUUCAAAUAUUUUCACAUUAUAGGAUCAACUUUCUGAUGUUAAAACUAAGACCACAACAAUAUAGACCCAGUGAUACAGAAUUACAAGAAAUCAGACCAUAUCAAAAUACAACAAACAUUCUCCUUAGAAAAUUACCAUUUUCCAGAAUAGUACAAGAAAUUGCUAUGGAAGUUCUUCCAUCAGAUAGUCAAAUAGGAUUUAAGUGGCAAUCUUCGGCCAUUUUAGCACUUCAAGAGGCCACUGAAGCAUAUCUGGUCCACUUAUUUGAGAAUGC